CAACCUUACAGUCUUACACGGUGCUGUGAUGGGUCACUGCGUUGGGUGUCACCCACAAGACAGUUUGUCUUCCGUUCCCCAAAUGCUCGCUUUGAGCGUUACUCUCGGCAUUAGGCUCCACCGAUCAAUAACGGUCCCGUUUGAACUGCUACUUUGUGUUCCUUGCACUCCACAAUAUUAUGUCCAUCCCACCACAUUCAACAAGUGUGCCUUCCCCGGUGUUUUUCUGGAUUACCAUUGUCGCACCGCCCGAAGCGCUGGUGGCGAUUGGUGCUGUGAUUGCUGGUUUGGGCACGAUUGAAAUGAGUUUCAGAACGUGAUAUAAUGGCAGGGAUGAGCGUGAGAAUCGAUGAUGGGGUACUGGUGAAAUCAAAAAGCCCACCGCCAUCGCAUCCUCUCUCGCUGUGGACGUCCUUGGCUUCUGCUUUCCCCCCCCUGCGCGCGUGCCAGUUUAUAACUCAAGCCUUCAUGCUGGCCGAGUCUACUUUCGACCGGACUUUUGAUGAUGAUGACUGGCUUGCCCCCGCUCCAUCCAAAUUGCACAGGACAGCAAGCGUCGGCAAUAGCUGGGGUGUUACCUACGUAGGGCGUGGUUUCGGUUGGAGUACGAAGGACGACGAUCAUACGGAAGAUAUCCCCAGCCUAGAUCCCCACGCGCUGCCCGACGAGUCGCUGAAAAGCGAACCUGUUAGUUCAUCCAGCUCAGUGCAACGAUCACCGGUAGCUUCUCCCGUGCUGAUCGUACCCUCGUCCUCUCAACCAUCUCGUCCCGCCGACCUCGGACCGCUGAUCAUACAGCCUUCGCCGUCGGCUCCGCAAUUCUUCGCAUCGUCCCCAGUGGCAGACUCUCCAGCUUCCUUCCAGGCUCCUUCCUCCCUCAGAUCUCACAGUCCCUUGUCUACCUAUCAUUCGAAUGCACCCAAUGCACGCCGCCCCUCUCUUUCGCGAUCUCCCACUCUCCCGCGCCCCCGACGGCGGUCCUCGCAGCAGCGUGUCUCUCUCAUAGCCGGACGGGUCUCCAUUGCACCUAUCGAACCACAUUCUCCUCUUCCAAUGCCACAGAUACUACAUCGCACGGGUAGCUCCACAAACUUGCUCUCGUCUGUGGCUAGUACAAGGGCUCCUUCGCCUGUGCACGAUAUAGUUCCAAGUAAAAAAACGAUAUCAGAUUUCUUCAUUGUCGGAGAUUUAGGCCGAGGUGCUUAUGGACUUGUCAAACGAGCGCGAGAAUGCAACUCAGAUGGAUCGUUUGGGCAACUUGUAGUAAUAAAGCAGAUCAUCAAAUCUCGGAUUCUCGCUGAUUGUUGGAAACGCCAUCACAAGUAUGGCACCAUACCGAUAGAGAUCUUUGUCAUGUCCGUCAUAUCAUCCACAUCGUACGAGCUUCCUCCCGUUCGUCCAUGGAAUCCGGGUCGCCGGCACCACUGCCCACCUAAGACCGGGGAAAACGAAUACUGGGAAGAGGGAAGGAUUGUCAAAGGACAUCCAAACAUAUGUCCUAUACUGGAUUUCUUUGAGGAUAACCACUAUUACUAUCUCGUUCUGCCUUCGACCGUACCCGAACGCCUUCCAGAGCAAUCGCCACCUCCAACUGACCUGUUUGAUUUAGUCGAAGCCUACCCGGAAGGCCUUCCCCCGGGCCACAUUCGCAGUUACUUGGGCCAACUCGCUGAUGCGCUGUGUUUCCUGCAUUCCCACGGCAUAGUGCAUCGCGAUGUCAAGGACGAAAACGUCGUCCUUGGACCAGAUGGGACCUGUGUUCUGAUUGAUUUUGGCAGCUCUGGGUUGGUCAGAAAGAAUGGUUGGGAUACAUUUAGUGGGACUCUGGAUUAUGCCGGCCCCGAAAUUCUGCGAGGCGAACGUUACUACGGAAAGGAGCAAGAUGUUUGGGCCUUUGGGGUCGUUGCAUACGUUCUUCUCGUCGGAGAGUGCCCAUUCCACACGGCAGCGCAAGCGCAAGAAGGCUUGGAAUCACCUUUCUCGGAUGCCUUCAUUGCGUUGGACGAUCGAUGCGGCGAUGAAAAGCAGAGAGCAGGUGAAGAAGAGGAUGGGGGCGGAGCGCUAGGGGAUGCUGCGGUGCUGGUAAGGGCAUGCCUGCGGGUGGAUGUGCAAGCUCGGCCGACAUUCGAAAAUAUACUUCAAUGUCGAUUCCUGCGCGGUUAUGAUGGGUGGGGGAUGAAGAGUCCCUAUGGGAGUCAACAACCGCUCUCACCAAAGCCAGGUGCGUUUCCUGCAUGUGUCAGCUGAUUGGAAGCAACGGGUAGGAAUGUCCCCUAUAAACUGUUACCUGAUUGCAUGGGAUAGAAUGUCAUUGGUUGUCCGUAUUAAUUUCAAGCCGCUUUGCACCUGUUUGGUUGAUAGUAUGUAUUUAUCACACCACCACCCUGUCGGCCUCGUAUCAAGCUUGCAUCUACAUUACAAUCGUCACAUCAUGUCUUACUGUUACUUGUUGUAGCUAGCAUCACAGCCACAUCGAAGGAGUCAUUCAUCGCUUACUAAGCAUCUCGGGUGGCGCCGAGCGGAGUUGAAGAGUUAUGUCAGUUUAUCAUCAAAAAAUCGAUGUCGAUAAAAUUUUUCGAUGCGGAAAGGG